CACUCCGGAUGUGCGCGUGCACCAGAGCGGCACCUUCGCGCUCAUACAAAAGCAAUAACUCCUCUAUGUACAGUUACAACACCAUUACAAAGAGUAACAGUCCUACCGGGAACACCUGCGGACAUGUACUCUUAAAGUAUCAUCAUCCUAAUCAGUAGAGAUGCCUACGCAGCAGGAGAGAAAACACCAGCCAGUUGGGCAAGUUGAAGCUCCAGAUGGAGGUUGGGGCUGGGUGGUGGUAUUCGCACUCUUCAUGGCUUCAGCCCUAGUCUUUGGGCUCAUCCGUAGUCUGGGGGUUUUCUUUGUGGAGUUUGUGCAGUACUUUGGGGAGAGUGCGCAGGCUGUGUCCUGGAUCACCUCCAUAGGAGUUGCCAUGCAGCAGUUAUUGAGUCCUAUUGGCACAGCUGCUUGUAAUGCAUAUGGAGCUCGUGGUGUUGUUGUGUUGGGAGGCUUUCUUUCCGGACUAGGACUCAUUCUGGCAUCUCAGGCAACAAAACUCGCACAUCUCUACCUGACAAUGGGAAUUAUUUCAGGGUCAGGCUGGGCGCUGGUCUUCACCCCUACAGUAGCUUCUGUGAUGCAGUAUUUCAGCACACGGCGUUCUCUAGCUAUGGGUCUUGGCUUCACAGGUGUAGGUUUAUCCUCCUUCGCAUUCUCUCCACUUUUCCAAUACCUGGUGCAGUUAUACGGAUGGCGUGGGGCACUCUUGAUUCUCGGUGGUCUCAGCUUUAAUAUUAUGGUCAGCGGUGCCCUUAUUCGACCGCUCAAACCCACUAAAGUUGUGGAAAAGAGUAAAAGCAACAGCGUAUCUGAAGGCUGUAUGUCGUAUUUUGAGCUGUCGUUGCUCUUGCACCGUGGCUUCCUCACCUACAGCUUGGCUGUCACAUGCUUCAAUGCUGGAUACUUCAUUCCAUAUGUCCACCUUGUGGCCCACAGCCGCCACGUGGGCUUUAGCGAAUACCAGGCUGCGUUUGUCAUUUCCAGCACUGGUGUGACGGACAUUGUGGGGCGAGUGGUGGCCGGCUGGGCCUCAGAUUUGCGACGUAUACGCUCCAUUCAUCUACUGACCAUAUGGACAGGUUUAGUCAGUCUGUUCCUCCUCUUGCUGCCCUUCUGCUCCAUGCACGGAAACUAUGCAGGUCUACUGACAGUCAGCCUGGCAUAUGGCUUCUGUGCCGGUGCUAUGACCCCACUGGUGUUUUCUGUGGUGCCAGAGAUUGUGGGCAUGAAACGCAUGGUUGGUGCUCUUGGACUCCUGCAGCUUAUUGAAAGCGUCGGAGGCCUGCUUGGAGCUCCACUGUCAGGCUGGUUGAGGGACUUCACAGGUUCUUACAUGGUUUCCUUUGGGGUAGCCAGUGGAUUUCUCUGUUUUGGUACUAUAUUAACCACGGCUCUUCCCAACUUCUGUUCCUGGACUGAUCCCCCACCCCUAUCGUCCAAGAUGAUCGGAAAUGAGUUCACUGAUGAUGAUGAUGAGCAAAUUAAGCAGACUUUAUCCUCUUCAGAGGAUAUACAAAACACAAACUCCACGUUUCCCGAAGCACUUCCAUCUCAGAACCACAUGAUGGAAACGAAUGUGGACAUUGAAGAUGCACUCCUCCCUGCAGAUCAGACAGAACAUAAGCCUACUUGCUGAUCGGCUGAUCGGAGGAGCGAUAUAGGCUUGUCAUAGGAAUAAUACUGACCAAGGAUAUUGAUGUUAUGCAGCUUAUACUUUUUAUGGUAAAAAGAAUGAACUGUGGGACACUGUUUACAGAGAAACUGUCAGUAGCAUGUAAAUGUCAACCUGACAGAAAGAACCAUCAACAAAACUUUUUACCACCUCAAUUCCCUUUGGGAACAAAGAUCAAGCCAGAAAACACUUUGUGUUGAUGGUUAUUGUUUGAAACAAAUCUGACUCAGAUGCAACAGCGCCCAUCAAAUAUGGCAAAGGAAAUGGAGGAAUUUACAUUAAAAGUGAACCUCCCAUUGGUGAGCGUGUAUUGAUUAAUUCGCUGGCAAAUAACAUUUAAAGGACAUUUUUUCUGAACAUCUCUCACUCAACUGGUUAGCUUAGCAAUAAUCACUCUGUAAUGCACACAGCCUGGUUCUGUAUCUUUAAAGAGUAUAAUAUCUUAUGCCAACACUGAAGAACAGUUUCACAGUCUCAGGUUAUACAUAGUGGAAAUACCAGUGAAAUACUAUCCAGUACAAGUGAUUCCCUGAAAGCAGCCCAGACAUUAGCUGAGAUGUCUGUUGUAUGGGGUCCUACCAUGGCGUAGUAAUUGCGGUCAGAGUUACAUGAUGCACUUGUGAGCAAAUGUGAAUAUAUAUUUGAAGCGAAGCUUUCAUCAUUGCAGGUUUCAGUAUUAUACUAAACCGGCAUCAAGGACACGAAUUCAUGCACAAAAUAAUUAUCUAAUGAAUUUUCAAUAUUAGACUUGGUACUAAGAAUAGCAGCUGAAUGUACACUACCUGAAUAUGACAGCAUACAUUUGCACUAUUUUUCCACACUGAAACGGAACACCCCCCACACACACCUUUAGUUUUAUUUUCGGGCAACUCGAAAAAAAGAAAUGCUGCCUUUGUGGUCAGAAUUGUAGGCGUACAGACAUGAUGUGAAGAUGACCUUUACUCUGGCUUUGAAUAGAGGCAUGUUCAGGGAACAAGGGAACAUUAAGUACAAUGGGUAACUUACUAACCUAAGUUUGUGUAAAAAAUGUUUUGUUUUGUUUUUUUUCUUUUAAAAAGGAUAAGCCAGAUGGUGGCCUAAAUUUUUUUACCCAAGAUGUGUGUACUGCAUUAUGGUUUAAGCUUCCAAGACAUCUUUCAUUUUGGCUUAGCUGGAAAGCACACUUAAUGCGCAUGACAGUAUUUCACGGACAUUUGAAAUUCUGGCACUAUUUAAAAAAAAAAAAAUGACAUCAUGACAAAUAAAUGUUUGAAGUCUAAAGGUAAAUUAAAAUCAGUUACUCAUUAAACAUUGUUUCAGCUUCUCUGAGGUUACUGUGACAAAUCUGUCGCAAUCACUAAAUUAAACAUUUAUAUGUGCUGAAUGGCCCAGCUAAGCUGACUCUUUUUCAGCAGAGACAUGGCGCAUUAAAUUUUCCAAUCCUGUCUCUUUCUAUUCAGUGUAGUCCAUCUACUCCCAUGAUUAAAUGACACACAUGAUUAAAAACCAGAGUGCAGGUGAUUAUAUGAUGUAUACAAGCAGCCUAAAUUUCCAUGCCUGGCCAUAAAACAAUCAUUGGAUCAGAGUCUACUUCAGGUGUGCAUCCUAAUAGAUUUUAGUAGACGCUAAACCCUAAGAUUUAGUAACCCGAAAAUGAUCUGAAAUCCGUGUCGGUGUCUAAGUGCUUUUAAAUAUGAUACUUUAAAUUAAAAUGAGCUCCUUAACAUAUGAACCUUAAUCUAUUGCUCUACUCUAAUCUUAGCUGCUCUACUGAAACAACUACACAUAGGAAAUUAGUAAACAUGACUGAAUCUGGCACACAAACCAGAAACUUGACAAAAAAUUUUUUAAAAGGGUGGAUUUUUUUUCCUUCUUAAGCAUUCCUCCUAAAGACUGCUGAUGGAACACGUGUGCUUGCUACUGGAAAUCUUUAUGUGCUAAAUGAUUCAAUUUAUCAUCAUUUAAAGUUAAGUUUAAUUUCUUUCAUAAUUGAUCAUGUUUGUGUGUCAAGCUAAUGCAUUACAAGGAUUCAAUUAGUGACUUUUUAAAGUCCAUAUACAAACUCCAGGUGAGUGGAAUGCAGUUGACAUUUAAAACGACAGAGUCAUUUGUUUGUCCCUCGCGUGCCUCUACUUUUGACUGGUUUGAUGAUUAGGUUAUUCUGGGAUCAUGCCUACACAUACUUGAUUACAUUUGAUUACUGUGCAUUAUGUUUAAGUGUGUUUGAAUUAAUAAUCAAAUGUUACAUAAAAUAAUUUUUUUACAUUUUGUAUUGUCAGACUUUAUACUACUCUGUGCUCUACAAGUCUUCAUAUAUAGGGGUAAUUAACACUUUUUAGCAAAAUCAUUUUGGUUAGCUUUUUAGAAUGCGUCAGACGAAAGAAGGUUUUGAAAUCCUUCUCAUAGCUGGAUCGAUAACGCAUUUGGAACACAUUCGAAGUGCAAAUCCAUAUACAACACUCUGUGUUAACACAAGCUUAUCAUGAUUGUGAGAUACAACUCCAUGUGUGUCAUUUUCAUACGAAAAUGUAAUUCCCCCUAUGUAUGGAGUCUUCUGAGAUGAUUAAAUUAAAACCUGAUAAACAUUUUUUGUGUUUGUAUUGUUUGUGAUGGAUAGCAGUGGUAUUACUCUGAUUACUAACAAUUUUGAGGAUCAGUCAUUUGGAAGGUAUAUAUCUUCAUCAUAAUAACUUCUGGUACAUCUCUGAGCUUAAAAAGACACAUAAGCAAGCAAGUUUAUUUUUCUACAGUUUCCCCUUUAGAAAAUAUUGUGGAAAUAAUUCGCUUCGGGUAUGGAAACAUUCAUAGAUAAUACAAUGCUUAUGCAAGGGAAAAAGUGAGGAAAAUAAUUUUCCAGUUUUGGUCUUU